UUUUUUCAUACGCUUGCGUGACUUCUAGAGUAACCUCCUCUUACUCCUCCCUUUGUCCAGUUGACAGGAUCCUUCUCAGACAGGAUUGGAAACCACUGAUAGAGAUAAUGGCCGUUCCUCCUACCUAUGUUGACCUUGGCAAGUCCGCCAAGGAUGUCUUCACCAAGGGAUACGGUUUUGGUCUCAUCAAGCUGGAUUUGAAAACCAAGUCAGAGAAUGGACUGGAGUUCACCAGCACAGGCUCUGCCAACACUGAGACCAGCAAAGUGGCCGGCACCUUGGAGACCAAGUACAAGUGGGCUGAGCACGGGCUGACCUUCACUGAGAAGUGGAACACUGACAACACUCUGGGCACCGAGAUCACUCUGGAGGACCAGUUGGCCAAAGGGCUUAAACUGACGUUUGAUUCCUCCUUCUCGCCAAACACUGGCAAGAAGAGUGGUAAGAUCAAGACUGGCUACAAGAGGGAGCACAUCAACCUGGGCUGUGAUGUGGACUAUGACAUCAACGGGACGGCAGUGCACGGCGUGGCGGUGGUGGGCUACGAGGGCUGGCUGGCCGGCUACCAGGUGACCUUCGAGGCCGGGAAGAACAGGGUCACCCAGAGCAACUUCGCCGUGGGCUACAAGACCGACGAGUUCCAGCUCCACACAAAUGUAAAUGACGGCACCGAGUUCGGGGGGUCCAUCUACCAGAAGGUGAACGACCAGCUGGAGACAGCAGUCAACCUGGCCUGGACCGCUGGCAACAGCAACACCCGCUUUGGCAUCGCAGCCAAGUACCAGAUCGAUGCCGACGCAGCCUUCUCGGCCAAAGUGAACAAUUCUAGCCUUGUGGGCCUGGGAUACACUCAGACUCUGAAGCCUGGAAUUAAGCUGACCCUCUCUGCUCUGCUGGAUGGGAAAAACAUUAACACCGGUGGGCACAAGCUUGGCCUUGGACUCGAGUUUGAGGCAUAAGUCAUGGAAUGCAACAACAAAUAUUUGAUUGAAAUAGCUAUCCUCACAACCUUGUUUCCCUUAUAGUAGAUGUGCUAUGGUUAAGGUGAGGCGGCACAGGCGGUCAAAUCACGCUACAGUUGAUAUGCCACUUUUUUUGGAAUACAGAGCCCAGUUUAGAAUAAAACUAUAACAUGUUUUAAAGGUAGAGUCCGCAAAAUGUAGAAAUGGAAAAGCUCUGUUAAGGUCUUGUGCAUUUGUAUUUCACUACAAUCAUGUAAACACUAAUUUAUUUAUCUUUGUUUCAAUAAGGAUAAGAGAAAAUAAGAUACUGUAGGUCAAAAAACACGUGGGCUUUGCAGGAUUUAGUAAGCUUAGUUUACUUUCUGUACACAAGGUGGGGCUGUUGCACGACACAGAUCACUGGUACUGAUCACAACAUUCCUUGGCCAAGGUGAUAUAUUCCUCUGUACUGAAGAGUUCUCUCAUUGUAAACCCUCUGACAAAGGGAAGUGUCUAAGAUAUAUUAUUAUGGGAUGGGUUCGUGGUCCUUCCCUUAAGCAGCAGUAGCUCUGAGGCACUAAAACCCUGUUGUGUACAUCCAGGAUUCGUUCCAAAUGGCACUGUUCCCUAUAUAGGGCACUACUUUUAGGGAAUAGGAUGCCAUUUGGGACAAAGCAUCUGUGUUUUUUUGUCUCACUUGUCCUUGUCUGUGCAUUUGGUGUGAAUUUUGUCUUUUGUUACAUAUUGCAAAAAUAUUAUUUGACCAAUGUUCUUGAAUACUUAGCCCACCUGUGACGUUUAAGACAAACCUCUGUCAAUUUUUCCUAAAGAGAAUGUGGAAGGUAACAUGUCCUGCACACAAUUCAACAUCCCUCUUAAUACAAAUGCUUUGGUGAAAAAAUAUAAAUGCAUUGCACAAGGAAUAGUAGUCUUCCGAUGAUGGUGUUGGAACAGACAAACUGUGUACCUGACAGUGUUAAAUAAAUACCAACAACAUCUUGA